AUGUAAAUAGAUGAAUUGCCGGUUGGGUAAUCAAAAAAGAAUUUUAUGUUAGAGGAGUUUCCACCAGAUUUUGAUCCUCAAUAAUCAGAGAAAGUAGAUUUACCAUUAAAGUAACGAAUUAAAUCUAAAGUUUGGAAAGUAAGGCUUUAAGCUUAUGAAGAAUUAGUGAAUGACGAAGAAGUGGAUUGUGAAUGUGUCCUCUCUAUUAUAUAAGAUAUACAUAUUUAAUGCUAAGAGAAAGCGCUUUAGAUAGCAUAAAAAUAUUUUGAAAAUCAUAACUCAAUUGAGUCUUCAUAAUAAAAAGAAAUUAUUAAAGUUUUAUUAGAGAAAGUGUUAACUCAAUAAAAAUUAAAGCCACUUGGCUAUUCUGUGGCAAACCAACUUUUUCCUACUUGCAAAUCUGCUAUUUUUGAAAUCAUAAUCUAAUAAUUGAUGCAUAAAAACCCAAAAGUUGUUUAAGCUACAAUUGCCCUAUUAACAGAGUUGCUUCAAUAAUUUGGCCUUAAAAAGUUGGAAAACUUGAAGCCAUUUUUUCCUGUUAUGUCCAAAUUAACUGAGGCUCAAUAAAGCACAGUAAAAGCAGAUGCGGUUGCAUUUUACAAGGAAGUAACGAAAUGGUAUGGAAAAAAUAUUGAAGCCUUUUUUGGAGGUUUAAAUGAGAAACUGCAAUAAGAUUUGAAAAAAUUGGCAGAGACUAUCACUGAAGUAUAGAAGGCUCCAAAUCAAGAGGGGGAAGCUGAUACAAACAAUUAAGAAUUGUAUGAUUUAGUUGAAGCGGUUGAAGUAUUUUCAAAAUAUACGGAUUCUUGGUGUGAAAAAGUAUUUUAAUUGGAAAAAUGGUAAGAGAAGAAGGAGUAGUUAGACACUCUAUAGAAGUCAUGUUCUGUUCCCAAAAUCCUGCCAUCUCCAAAUAUAUAUUCAGUCGUAUAAUUAUUAAAGAAAUUGUUGAAUGAAUAAUAAAUGAUUAUAAGUACCUAAUGUAUAAAGAUAAUUGGAUGUAUGGCUAAUGGAUUGAGAAAGAACUUUAACUAAUAUGCUAAAAUAAUCAUGCUUCCUGUUUUGACUAAAUUAAAGGACAAAAAAUAAAAUAUCGUUGAUGAAACUAUUUCAGCAAUUAAAAAACUGUUUUAUUGUUGUAAUCUUGAUGAACUCUUUGAGGAACUCAAAACCCUGUUGGAAGACAAAGCUCCAGGGCCAAAAGUCAAUGUUUUUAUAAUAGUUGAUUAUUAUUUAGAUGAAACCUCUAAAGAUAAAUUGACCAAACUCUAAAGCAUUAAAUAAUUACUCCCCAUAUGUAAGAAAUUGACAGAAGAUGGUAAUGCUGAUGUAAGAGCCAAAUCAAUCAUGUUGUUGGCUAAGAUAUCUGCUAAAUUAUAUAAUGGAGUCAUGGUUUCAGAUUUGAAAGGUGAUAAAUUCACUAAAUAUCAGAAUUAGGUAAACAUAUAUAUGGAAGGAAUUAAAGCACUAUCAGGAAAAGAUGGUGUGGAAUAAUAAUAAUAAUAAUAAUAAUUUAUACCAAAUAAAGAAAAUUUAUAAUUCUAACAAUCAACUCCAAUUGCCAAUUCAUAAAAAUAAUAAUCCUUAUAACCUAACAUUAAUAAACCACUUCAUGUCAAUUAGUUGAAUACAUUCGAAACUUAAGAUUAAUCAUAUUCAACUGCCAUGACUCCAAAUUAAGUUGAUGCAUUCUUAAAAUAGUAUAAAUCAGCUAAAAAUAAAGACUAAUCAGAAUUAGGAAGCAUUUUACUACAAAUUACUUAGUAAUCUAAAUAUAUCUUAAGUACAACUAUGGAAUUUAUCAUUGAUAAAAUGGCUGAAUAAAAGCCACUAUGCUAUUAAUUAUUUGAUAAAUGUGCUCAAACCUAUAAGCCUAAUCACUUAACAUAACUAAUUACAACAUUUAAAAAUGCAUCUACUUAGAGUUAGCUUAUAGAAGUGCUUAAUAUUUUAUUAAAAUAUAUACCACAAAGUGAGAAAAACAUUGAUCAAUAGAUCAUUUCUGAAUUUCUUAAAAACCAUUAACAUUUAUCUAAUUUGAAGACAAGAUCCUUGGUUUAAGAAUGCCAAAUUGCGCUAAAGCAAUUAUUUGAAGUUAAGAAAAUUUAAUCGGAAGAAAAACCUAUGGCACCUUUUCCAUUAAAUACAUUUAGUGAUUAACACUUUGAAAGAAUUAAGGAACAGUUAAAAGUUCCUUAAAUUCCUUAAGUACUCUAUGAAAAGAUGUUUAGCUAUAACAUAUAAUAAAACCAACUAGCAGCUGCAUAUAUUAAAACCAAAAUGCCAUAGCCUGGAGAAUUCAGUGAAAUAUUUUUUAAGUGGGCUUACUUGAUAUCAUGGAUGAAAGAAAAUAUCCCUUUGCAAUAAGAAAUCUCAUAAUUAUUCCAGGUUUUAAUAACCUAGCAUAUACCAACAUUCUUAGAAUAAUAGAUAAUAUUUUCUUACAUAAAAAUGAUGAUUUUAGUAUAUUUUAGAAAUGGAGUUCCAAAAUUAGCAUAAAGAACAUUACCAUUUCUAAUGAAUAUUUUGAGUGAGUAUAAAAAAUAUUGUUUCUAGUAGCCAUUAUUAGUUUCAUUCGAGGAAUUCGAUGAAUAAUCUAAUCAACAAGCAAACCAAUUGAUACAAAUUAUGUUCGAGAAUUCAAAAGAUUGGAAUAUGAGUAGCACUAUUUAAUAAAAGUAACUGAUAGCUUAAUUAAUAUCUUUGAUUUGGAAAGAGGAGAGUGUGAUCAUUAAUAAAUAAAUCGUCUAAGUAACUCCCCAACAAUUCUAGCAUUCUACAAUACUUUAGAAACCUCUAAAUAAUGAUAAUAAUUAAUAUGAAGAGUAAAAUGGCUCAAGAUUUAAUCCUUUAUUUGUUGCAGAAUAAUUAAAACCUGAAUAAACCAACUCAGAAAAAAAGAAUUUUCCAGCCAAAACCAUCCCUUUCAUUGGAAUCCCAGGUAUUCCAUAAAUUAACUCUCAAAUUAAUAGUGGAAAUAAAAACCUAAUUCAAUAACAAUAAAAUGUUCCAACUUAAAUGGAAAUUGAGUUUGAUUAGAAUGCUAGAAUAUUUUAACAGCUGUAUUAUAAAUAUAGAGAAACCAAUAAUUUUGAGAAUCCUCAAAUAUUAGCAGAUUAGAUAAUAUUUUUGUUAAAUAAUUUCAUUAAAGAAUAAUCAUGUGAUAAUCUUAAUUAAUUAUUAGAAAAGCUUGUUCAUAUAUUAUCAUCGGGACAAUUUUUGAAAUUAAUAUCAUAUGAUAAGUUUUAUGUCAUAUUUGAUAUAUUGAUAUUUAAAAUGGUUGAAGAAUCAACAAAAAUAGGCAACAAAGAUGGAGCUCAAAAAAGUUGCUAUAGUUUUAUAAAUCAAAAUUUAAUUAAGAUCUUAAAUAAUUAAGAAUUAUCUAGUUUGUAUCUAGCAUUUUUAGAUAUUUUAAUAAAGGUGAAAGAAUAAGAUAAAUAAUCAAAAUAAUUUUAUACAUUAAUUACCAAAUGUUUGAGCAAAUCGGUGGGAUAAGUUAAAAGUUAAUUCUAGUGGCAAUAAUUGUAAGCAAUCUUAGAAAAGAUUAAUAAAUAUUUACUACUAUGCUCAAGACCAGAGUCUAAUUUAGAAUUCUAAGAGUCUCAGGAUUUCUUAUUAAAAGCUCUUAAAUCUACAGUGAUUUAUCUGUUACACUUUAAUGAUGGUGUCAGAGUUAGUCAAUGUAUUAUGUAAUUAACGAAUGAGAAUUCUCUUUUGAGACAUUGGUUGCUAGAAUUAUAAGAGAAUAAUUUAGCAAAACAAAGAAGAUCGAGGGAUACGCACAUAAAUCAAAUUGUGGAGUUGCUCAAAAUCGACUUUGAUAAAACUGUAGAGUAAUUUGUUUCAAUAGUGCGAAGACAAAAUAUCCAUUGGAAACCUUUGGUUGAAUUCUUGAGUCAGUAAUAAAUAAAAUUCAUCGAAUUAAGGUUGGAACAAACUAAUCACAUGAAUUUAUUGGAGAAAAAAGUGGGGGAGUUAGAGAAAAUGCUAAAUUAAUGA